UCUGUGUAGUGCACUGCGUGUCAUCCACUAUCGAGGGAACAAGAGCGUGACGCAGCUUCAGCGCUCUGACCGAAGACUGUCACUGCGCAUGCGCUGCUGCCGCCGCUCACAUUUCCGGUUGAUGCUCUUCUCAUUCGGAGCCAUGGCGCUGCUGACAGCGGUUUUCUCUUGUCUUCUCUUCAGCCCCGCGGUUGCUUUGGUGCAGGAGCUCGAUGACACGUUUAAAGACAGCAGGAUGGAGGAUGUUUGGCUGGUGGAAUUCUACGCUCCGUGGUGUGGAUACUGUAAGAAGCUGGAGCCGGUCUGGCAGGAGGUGGGGGUGGAGCUGACCCGCUCGGGGUCACCGGUCCGAGUCGGAAAGAUGGACGCCACGGCAUACUCAGGUGUGGCGUCAGAGUUCGGCGUGCGAGGAUAUCCCACCAUUAAACUGCUGAAGGGGGAGCUGGCAUAUAAUUACAAGGGACCCAGAACCAAAGAUGACAUAAUCGAGUUUGCCAACAGAGUGGCUGGGCCAGCCGUGCGGUCGCUGCCCAGCAGACAGAUGUUCGAGCACGUCUUGAAGAGGCACAGUGUGUUGUUUCUGUAUGUCGGAGGCGAGUCUCCUCUGAAAGAGAAGUACACCGAGGUGGCGUCGGAGCUCAUUGUUUACACAUAUUUCUUCUCUGCGUCUGAAGACGUCUUACCAGAGUCUGUGACUUUGCAUGAAUUGCCUUCAGUGGUCGUCUUCAAAGAUGGAAGCUAUUUCACAUACGAUGAGUAUGAAGACGGCAGCUUGUCGUCCUGGGUGAACCGAGAGCGAUUCCAGAGUUACCUGCCCAUCGAUGGCUUCACGCUCUAUGAGCUGGGAGACACAGGUAAGUUGGUGGCGAUUGCAGUUACUGAUGAGAAAGAUCCGACGGAGCAGAGCAGCAGGUUGAAGGGUCUGAUCCAGAGAGUAGCUGCUGAACACCGGGAUCAGUUCAACAGAGAUUUCCAGUUCGGCCACAUGGAUGGGAACGACUACAUCAACAGCCUCAUAAUGGGCGAGGUGUCUGUGCCCAGCAUCAUCAUCCUCAACACCUCAAACGAGCAGUACUUCCUGCCAGCAGAGCCUGUGGAGGACCUUCAGCAGCUGCUCCAGUUCUUCAGCAGCGUCCUGGACGGCAGCGCCCCGGCGUAUGGAGGAGACGGCUUUCUCCAGAGGAUCAGGCGUGUGGCGUAUGAUGCCAGAUCCACUGUAAUGUCGGUGUUCCGCAGCUCUCCGCUGCUCGGCUGCUUCCUGUUCGGUCUGCCGCUAGGCGUCAUCAGUCUCAUGUGCUAUGGCAUCUGCACGGCCGAGACUGAGGACGACACAGAGCUGAUGAAGAGAGACGGCUUCACAGACGAAGAGGAAGAGGAGGGUGAGGAAGAAGAGCAGCAGCAGCUGACGGCUAGAACAGAAGACAUGGGAGAGGAGGAUGAAGACGAAGAGAAGAUCAAACAAAAGAGUCCAAGUGAAAAAAAAGUUGAUUAAUGAGAAACGAACGUCUGCGAAGAGGAAACCAUGGCCUAGAAUCUCCUCACUGGCUUUCAUUGUUUUCUAAUUCUUUAUUUUCAGAGUCGCUCUAAAUAUCCACCAAAAGUCUUGUUUCUGAAAUCUUCAAAAUCAGUCAUGCAGCUCUGCGUGUGACUGUAUCGAGUUACAUAAGCACAUAGACUGUUUUCAAGUGAAUUAAUAAUUAAUAAUCAUUGCCCUUAUGAGC